AUGCCAGCAAGCACACACCACGCAGCGGCCGCUGGCCUGCGCCAGGGCGAGGGCCUCGACGGCGCAGGCCGACGACGUCCUGCUUGCGAUUUCGAUCUCCCGGGUCCGGAAGCCGCGCCGAAGCAGGACAGACACCGAGCUGCUCCCGGCUUCGCGGGAGAAACACCCCGGCUGCUGUGCACGCACCGCGCCGUCCUUCCGCGGCACGCUCGUCUGUGCGCUCUUCUCAUUGGCGGGCUCGCCCUCGCCCUCAGCGACGAGCGUCGUGGACACGGUUGGGGAGGCUGGGAGGAAACAGACUGCGGCGAAACCAGAUAUGCCGAGGUCCUCAUAGACGUCCGUCUCCACACCGAGACCAUCGUCAGCCAAGAGGGCGAUCAGCCGCCGUCAUGGGUGGACGUGGAUCCCGACACCCGCCAACGCCUCAUCCACUCCCUCAGCUCCUGGCAUUUCGAGCCUCAUAAACUCCCCGAAGAAGAGAUCCUAGCAUGCUCUUACAUCCUCUUUGAGGCUCUCUUUCGGAUAGAGCACAUGCACGACUCGAUAUCUGUCCCUCUAAAUUGUCUAGCCACGUUCGUGCAGCAUCUACGCCAGCUCUAUCGGCAAGGCAAUUCAUACCACAACUUCCAGCACGCUCUAGACGUCUUUCAGGCUGUAUACUUCUUCCUAUAUUGCGCUGGCGUCGUCCCCUCUGUCACCAUCCUUCUCGAGGACGGCCGUACAUGGGAACGAGAUAAGACCCAAUGCGAUCCCCUCGUCUCGUGCCUGACUCAUGAGGACCUAUUUGCGCUCUACGUCGCAGCGGUCGGUCAUGACGUUGGUCAUCCAGGUUUAACAAACGCCUUCAUGCGGAACGCUAAGACGCCGCUGUCGGUCGUUUACGACGACAAGUCCGUCCUGGAGCAGAUGCACUAUUCCCUCAUCAUGCAGAUUAUGCGGCAUAAUAACCUUGGCUUCCUGCUCGAUCGUCCUCUCACUGGCUCGACGUUCCGCAAGCUGCUCCUUGGCGCGGUUCUUGCCACGGAUAUGGGCGUACACUUCGACUUCAUGACAGAGUUCGCGAAUCUCCUAAAGGGCGCCGACUUCCCGGAGUUAAAGAGGCGCGUCCUGGUGUGUCAAGCUCUGAUCAAGUGCGCGGAUAUCAGUAACCCGAGCCGACCGUAUCUUGUUUCGCAACACUGGGCAGCAGCGCUAGAGUCGGAAUGGAGCAGUCAGCUCCUCCUGGAGAAGCACCUUCACCUGCCUCUGUCAGUGAAGCCUUCAGAUAGUCGGGUGGGCGAGGCGAACGGCCAGUUAUGGUUCAACAAGACCUUCGCACGUCCGCUCUUCGAGCUUGUCGCGCAGGGCAUCCCAUCAAUGGAACGCUUUGCCCACCAAACACGGGAGAAUUUCGCCUUGUGGCAAGCGCGUGCUGCUGAGCUCGCCACAGAACCGCCAGAUGAUUCCGACACGGUCGCUGGCACGCCUCUGGCAUGGCCGUCUCAGGUGCCGAAUGACUUCCUGACCGCGUUUCCUCCCGCCCUCCCUCCGUCGUUCCGGCUACCCGAAGAUCCGCUCUACCCGUCCUUCUACCACCCCCACCAUCGCUUCUCGAGCGCAGAGCCCAGUUCGUCUUCGGAUUCUACCCCCAGCCAGUACGAGAGCUGCGAGUCGUCGUGGCCCUCUCCUGCCUUAUCACCUGCGCUCGACCCUUCGCCAGCACUAGCGUCUCCGAUAACAGUGCUCCCUCCACGGCUGGAGUUGCAAACCCUUACGAGCCCCCACUCGCGCGCGCCCAGCGUCGCGUCCACCAUCCCCUCGUCGGCCGGCAGUCUGUGCAGCAUGACGAGCGAGGCGACCGCCGCGAUCCGCGCGGCGUACAAGGCGAGCGUCCGCAAGAAGAAGAGCUUCCACCGCGCGUCGUGGAACCCGUCCCCGACCCACGCUGCGCCAGCAGCGUUCGGACUGGAACAGGGGCGGAGCCCGGUCUCCCCCGGGGGCAAUGGGGACAGCCCGAUGAGCUUGAGCGCGGGCUCGCCGAGCACGGGCACCCUCACGCCUAGCCCGCUCACCCCGGAGGGGAACGCGGCGGGGCCGGGGGCGGGCGGACCGGUGCUGCUGAAGACGGCGCUCGUGUCUGCGUCGUCGUGACCCGCCCCUAGGCGUCUUCUUCCCCGCGUGCAGUCAGUCGCCCGCUGAUGAGAUCCGUUCUACCUGCAUGCUCGUUUGGGUUUGGCUGCUUGAAUGUGAAUGAUGAUGUUAUGGCAUGGCACGCGGGCGAUGCGCUUUGGCGGGUCCUGCUGUGUAAUGCGUACGAUCGCCCAUCUGUAUCUAUCUAUCUCCGCUAUCUCAGUCCGUUCUCUGUCCGUUCUGCCUCCGUGUCUGUCUGUCGUCGUCGUCCUGUCUGUCUCGUUCUGCCCUGCCCUGUCUUGUGUCGUGUCGUUCGUGCCGUAUCGCUAUGGCUGCCUGUCCUCUUUCGUACAUCUCUGUUCACGUCUGCUCUUCGGUCAUCCUCGAUCAUCUCUAGCGUUUCUUCAUGUCGACAUUUGCAUCAUCGCUCGGGUUCGGACAUUCGCAUCGUAUUCGGAACCUCGGCUAUAUCCAUAUGUUCAUCUCGAC